UUUGUUUCGCCUUCAAAUGUUGAAGAGAAAGAAUUGAAAUUUAGCAAUUUGAAUUGCGGAAUUGGAAAAAGAAUCGGAGGGAAGAAGAAACGAAAGCUGGAUAAUGAAGCCAAUGCAGACGAUACAGGAUCUGAUCGAAGAAGCCAAAGUACGUACACUUUGGUUGGGCAUGGUCAUCUUUAUCGUCACUUAUUUCUUGUCUUAUACAAGUAAAUCAAUGUGGAUGAAUUUACCUAUAGCAAUAAUUAUUGUUUCCACAUUCAGAAUUGUAGCUAAUGAGGUUGAGUUCAAAUGGAAAGUUAAAUCAGCUCAUCGGAAAACUUAUUUAUCUCAUUUGGAGAAGAAACAGUUAUCUGUGAAUGAUUCCCGUCUUUCUGGCUCACCGCCUCCAACCAAGUGGAAGCAGAAAAUUGAUUCUCCUGCAGUAGAGGCUGCUCUCAAUGAGUUAACUGAUAAAAUACUUAGGGAUUUUGUUUAUAAUUUGUGGUAUUCGGAGAUAACUCCGGAUAGAGAAGCCCCUGAGUUAAUACGUGCGGUGAUUUUGGAUGCCGUUGCUGAAAUAUCUGGAAGGGUGAAAGAGAUAAACCUUGUUGAUUUGCUUACGAGGGAUAUAAUUGAUUUGAUAGGGGAUCACUUGGAUCUCUAUAGAAGGAACCAAGCUGCGAUAGGUGUUGAUGUUAUAGAAACAUUAUCAUCUGAGGAGAGGGAUGAAAGAUUGAAACACUACCUUAUGGUUUCUGAAGAGCUUCAUCCUGCACUGAUCUCACCAGAGAGUGAGUACAAGGUUAUUCAACAGCUUAUUGGUGGAGUUUUAGCGGUAGUAUUGAGACCACAAGAAGCUCAAUGUCCUUUGGUUCGAACUAUUGCUCGUGAGAUUGUAGCUUGCUUGGUUGUGCUACCUCUCUUGCAUUUGGCAACCCCUGGGUACAUCAAUGAAGUGAUUGAAUAUGUUCUACUUGCCAUUAAAAAAGAUUUGAAUAAGAUCAUGGCAGGUUUUGAUCAGUCUCCAGUUGCAGAAAGUGAUGAUUAUUCUGUGACAUGCAAAAUACCGUCCUCGAACAGUCAAGAAACUGAUUUGAACUUGGCUAGAAAUGAAAAUCAGAAGGAAACAUUUUCAGAUGGUAACAGAUAUGAGGAAGAACCAGUGCACCAGAGACCAGGCGAUUGGGCUCGAAAAUUAGAGGCCGCAACCCAGAGAAGAACUGAAGUUCUUGCUCCUGAAAAUCUUGAAAACAUGUGGACUAAAGGAAGGAACUACAAAAAGAAGGAGAGAAAAUAUGUAAAUCUAGGAUGCCAUGAAUUCUCUACAAACAAGAUUGGAACUUCUACAGGAGGAGAAGAGAAAUCUGUGAUGCAACUAUUGCCUGGUUUAAGCCUUGACACUCAGUCACUUGAUGAUAACACGACGGAUGCAAAGUUAGCUAAGUCAUCAUCAUUUGAAGGAAAUCGUGAUGUUAAUAAAUCUAAUUAUGUCAGUGACCAAGCUUCUGGUCGAAAUAAAAGUAGGCUUAAAAGAUCCAAUAGUACCUCUGAUUUGGAAGUUGGACCUGAUACGAAGAAGGCACUUACCGUAGAUGUUGGAGGGCCUACUAUUUCAGAAUGCCAUGCUCCUGAUUUUUACAGGCACGGUGAAGAAUACGGGGGUAAGAUUGCCUCAAAUAUAGUACUUCGCAAUGAGGGGCCACAAAUUCCCAAGCUUAGGUGCCGAGUUAUUGGAGCAUACUUUGAGAAACUUCCAUCAAAAUCUUUUGCAGUUUAUUCAAUUGCAGUGACGGAUGUAGAAAGCAGAACUUGGUUUGUCAAGAGAAGAUACAGAAAUUUUGAACGGUUGCAUCGAUGUCUGAAAGAAAUUCCUAAUUAUUCAUUACAUUUGCCUCCCAAAAGGAUAUUUUCAUCAAGCACCGAUGAUGCUUUUGUUCAUCAGCGGUGCAUUCAGCUUGACAAAUAUCUGCAAGAUCUAUUGGCUAUACCCAAUGUGGCUGAACAGCAUGAAGUGUGGGAUUUCUUAAGUGUUUCCUCAAAGAAUUACUCGUUUGGAAAAUCAUCAUCUGUGAUGAAAACCCUUGCAGUCAACGUGGAUGAUGCCGUGGAUGAUAUUGUACGCCAAUUUAGAGGGGGGUCAGAUGGCUUAAUGCGCAAAGUUGUUGGUUUAUCUUCUCCCCGUAGUGAAGCCUCUUAUCCAGUCACGGGCAGGAUGGUGUCAUGGAAUUCAGAUGAGAUAGCUAAAGACGUUUCAAGGCAAUGUAACUUAGAAACAGCACAUAGUGCUUCUGAUAAUGAAGAUGGUGACAAAGGUGGUGAUCAUGGCUAUGAGGAUGAUGGAUCAUAUUCACAAGGUCAUGAUUCAUAUUUGGACAAUGAAUUGAACUCAAAGAGUUUGACACCACUGGUAGUAGAGCGUGGUCGAGAGUCUGUUAAUUUAGUUUCUGAGAAGCAUAAUUUAGGUGGGAAAUUACCUGAGCUGGUUGGCCAGGUUGGAUCUCCAAAGUUCAAAUUUUCAGCAACCUCCAGCCAUAUGGAGGAUCCAGUUGGAAUGCCCCCUGAGUGGACACCACCUAAUGUUAGUGUACCCUUGCUGAAUCUAGUUGAUAAGGUGUUUCAACUUAAGAGAAGAGGCUGGCUAAGAAGACAGGUCUUUUGGAUAUCUAAGCAAAUACUACAGCUGGUGAUGGAGGAUGCCAUUGAUGAUUGGCUUUUGCGCCAGAUUUAUUGGCUUCGGAGGGAGGAAACUGUUGCCCUAGGGAUUCGAUGGAUUCAAGAUCUCCUAUGGCCAGGUGGUAAAUUCUUUAGAACAAUAGGGAACAUUCACAGCAAAUUUGGUAAUGCUCAUCUCAACCAGACUCAUUCACCUUCGUUUAACUUCAGCCAAUUUGGUGGGAAUAAUGCCCCUAAACCUGGAUCCUUUGAGCAACAACUUGAGGCUACUCGUAGAGCAAGUGACAUAAAAAAGAUGAUUUUUGAUGGACCCCCAGCAACAUUAAUUAGCUUGAUUGGGUAUAAGCAAUACCGACGAUGUGCAAGAGACAUUUAUUAUUUCACUCAGUCUAUCGUAUGUAUUAAGCAACUUGCUUUCGCGAUCUUAGAACUCUUACUGAUAUCAGUUUUCCCCGAGCUACGGGAUCUUGUGAUGGAUCUUCAUGCCAAGAAACAUAUGAACGAGGCCUAGGAAGAAGUAAGUUCCGUUUCUGGCAUAUUUUUGUCUCAACAAUC